GGUUGAGACACACAUCACUACGCAAGCCGUCAUCCACGAACACAGCAGCUAACAGCAGUUACAUUAACAACGCUUAUCCAGCAGCACCACCACCAACACCCAACAUCAAUUGCAUUUGUCAGACCUCAACAGCACCAUCAACACCCUCAGCAACAGCCAGCGAAAUAGUAACCACCUCUCAUCCCGCCACCACCAACACCAACGCUAAAGAGAACGAGUCGAAAGGUCCACUGCUCCCACGCCACAAUUCCCAUAUCAAUCAAUUGCAAAUAAAUUACUUUGAAUUCCCACCGAAAGCAUCGUUGUUGUUGUUGGACGAUUCUGUAACGGUAACAUCGCUAUCAGCCCCCUCGCUGGCCACAACAACAGCAGUAGCAUUAGCAGCGGCAAGUAGCGCCUGGCCAUCGUCUAGCAACGACACCCCAACAUCUGCCGUUGGCGCAACAGGCUGUAUCUCUGCUAAUAACUCACCGAAAACAUCGCCAACAAAGACACCACCAACAACAAAAACAACACCAGCACCAACAGUUAUUGCAACCAGCAACAUGGGUCGCCGAGAGAUUAAACGCUCCAAUACAAGCAGCUCCACCACUAAAUCAUAUGAUAGUGGCAGUGAUAGGAAAUCCACCUUGACAAAAUAUAAGACUACUAGCAAAAUGCCCGAUACUUCGUAUACGGAAAGGGAAUACAAAAAGAAAAUAUUAAAUAAUAAUCAUAUGGAAGUCGUGAAUACUUUAUAA